UGCAGUCACAGACCUUCACAGCAUAGGACCCUCAUGAGGAGACGACAUACGGACCUAUAUUAUUAUUUUAUUUUCAGAUGGACGGGGGCAAUGGGAAUAUGACAUAAACUGUUGAAAUUAUCAUUCUAUAAAUCUUGAUCUGAAAUCUAUGGGAUAUGUUUUUUUGUGGUUUGGAAAUAAUUCGAGAGAGAUUAAGAAACUCUGCGGCUCUAGGCUAUAGGGUUAUAACUGAGUGAACGUUUAAGCAUUUAAGACCUUUUCAACCGGAUUUUCGUUGUUUUCGUGUGGAACUUCAGUAUCUUAAAUUGUUGAGCGAGACGCCCAAGGAAUGUAGCGAUAACAUCUUAUUAUCUUAUUUCUGGUCUCCUACACGAGAAAAAGAAAAAGACCUGUCUCUACUAUGGAUAGUGCCAAGACAGCGACUCGAGCCCUACUCCUCCUGUUGAGUUUCUGUGUUUGCAGUACCUCAGGCCUCCAACAGUCUGCUCCGAGGAUACGCCUGUCUUUCAAAGAGUUGUUGGACACCAGAGCAGUCCGUCCCUUCUCCUUCUCCUUCAACACCAGUGACUACCGCAUCCUGCUGAUGGACCAGGACCAGGGCCGUCUCUACCUGGGCAGCCGGGAGUACCUGGUGGCCCUGGACAUGCACAACGUCAACAAGGAGCCCCUCAUAAUCCAUUGGCCAACCUCUGACAAGAGAAGAGGGGAGUGUCGGAUGACAGGAAAAGGAGGACAGGGUGAGUGUGCAAACUUUGUGCGUAUGAUAGAGCCAUGGAACCGCACCCACCUGUACACCUGUGGGACUGGAGCCUACCAACCCAUCUGCACCUUUAUCAACAGGGGCUGGAAGGCAGAGGACUAUGUGUUCAGGCUAGUUCCUGGAUUUACGGAAUCAGGGAAGGGAAAAUGUUCCUACGACCCUUCCCAGGAGAAUAUUGCUGCUCUUAUCGAUGGGAAUCUGUAUGCGGGGGUCCAUGUAGACUUCAUGGGGACAGACGCAGCCCUCUUUAGGACCAUGGGGGGCAGAACAACAGUCAGGACAGAGCAGUAUGACUCCAAAUGGCUCAAUGAGCCCGUGUUCAUUCAGAUCCAGCAGAUUCCUGACAGCUCCGAGAGGAAUGAUGAUAAACUCUACUUCUUCUUCCGGGAGAAGAGUCUGGAUACAGGGGGAGGGGCCAGCCCCAGUGUGUUGGCCAGAGUGGGACGAGUGUGUCUGAAUGAUGAGGGGGGUCAGAAGUCCCUGGUGAACAGAUGGACCACCUUCCUGAAAGCCCGCCUGGUGUGCUCUGUGAUCGGAGACGAUGGGGUGGAGACCUUGUUUGACGAAUUGAGGGAUGUUUUUAUCCAGCCAACGCAAGAUGAACGCAACCCUGUGGUCUAUGCCCUCUUCACAACUGCUGGCUCUGUGUUCAAGGGCUCAGCAGUCUGUGUGUACUCCAUGGCUGACAUCCGCAACGUAUUCAAUGGACCCUUCUCCCACAAACAUGGUCAUAACUACCAGUGGACAGCCUACACCGGCAAGAUUCCUUACCCUCGCCCUGGCACAUGUCCAGGAGGAACAUUCACCCCGGGCAUUCGCACCUCUAAGGACUUCUCAGACGAGGCAGUGAACUUCAUGCGAGCCCAUCCCCUCAUGUACCACCCUGUGUACCCUAUCCACCGUCGCCCCCUGGUGGUGAGGACUGGGGUGGACUACCGCUUCACAGCCCUGGUGGUGGACCAGGUGGACGCCGUGGAUGGCCGAUACGAGGUGCUCUUCCUGGGCACAGAUCGUGGCACUGUCCAAAAGGUCAUAGUUUUACCCAAGGACCCGAGCACCAUGGAGGAGCUCACCCUGGAGGAAGUGGAGGUUUUCAGGACACGUGCUGCUGUUAAAACAAUGAAGAUCUCAUCUAAAAGGCAACAGCUGUACGUGUCAUCGGAGGCAGGGCUUACCCAGGUAUCUCUGCAUCGUUGUGGGGUAUAUGGGAGGGCCUGUUCCGACUGCUGUCUGGCACGGGACCCUUACUGCGCCUGGGACGGGGAGAGCUGCUCCGCUUUCACCCCCGCCACCAAGAGGAGGAGCAGAAGACAGGAUGUGAAACAUGGGGAUCCACUGCGACAGUGCAGAGGCUUCAAUGCCAAAGUGGAGAAUCGUCCUAGAGAGACAGUCCAGUUUGGUGUGGAGGGGAGCAGUACCUUCCUGGAGUGUCAGCCUCGCUCUCCCCAGGCUACAGUCAAGUGGCUCUAUCAGAGAGAAGGAAGGAGGAAAGUGCUCAACCGGGACAGAGAGUAUCUGAAGACAGCCCACGGGAUCCUUCUGAAGUCCCUCAGCCAAUCGGAUGCCGGGCUCUACCACUGCCUGGCCACAGAGAACAACUUCAAACACACUGUGGCCCGGGUGUCGCUGCGCAUUCUGGACCGAGACAUCGUGCUGGCCCUCACCUCCCCUGACAACGACCCCAUGACCUCCAACAGCCCUCCCACUGGACGGGGGAGACAACAUGACCCCAAGCAGCAGAGGGUCCCUCCAACCCCCCCUUUCACAGACACCCUGUCCCAGCCGGAGGUCAGGCUGAUCCACCAGUACUGUCAGUCCUACUGGGAGCAGCUGAGGCACAAGCAGCAACAGCCCAAACGCACUUCCAGGAGACACACAGAGAGCCAGGAGCAAGAGCCGGAGGAGCAACAGCCUAAACGCAUCAGCAGAAGACACACAGAGAGCCAGGAGACCCAAGGAGGAUAGAGGACUGGACUUCCAACACUAGCCAGCUAGGACACUCCUGUGGUAGACUACAGAUCCAUGUUUGACACCAAACAUGAGUUUCAUCUCUCUUUGUACAUUGAAUGACGUGAUACCGACCCUCACACAACCCAGUAUCUCAGUAUAGAAAUGUAAUAUAUCGAUACGUGUAUAUAUUUUACCAUCAUAAUAGAUCCAUGGUUUAUUAAUGUUUAAUGGUUAUGACAUAAAACAUUUGAUAAACAUUUGCCUUUGCAUGCUUUAUUCGGUUGGAAAUGUGUACAUUUUGCUGUUCAGCGUUGAGCGAUAAUGUUUUGGUGUGAUGUACAUCUUUGAAUUGUGUGCGUGGACGGUGGUGGAUUGAAAGGGACGUGAGGGAUCUUUCAACAAAACAGAUCAUCUCCACAUGUAGAGGAAUAAGACGGUAAAUCCCAUGUGUGCAUAAUCUCUGUAUUACAUUAUAAUACUACAUUCCAGCCAUAUCAAAUUGUCACUUUUAAUGGGAACAGGUAUAAAGAAGAUUGUGAAGAAGACCUCACCAUAUGUUCUAAUGAUAUUGAGCAACAUACUGCAAUGUGUAGUACAGAAACGUACUGUAAUGUGUAGUACAAAAACAUACUGUAAUGUGUAGUACAGAAACAUACUGUAAUGUGUUGUACAGAAACAUACUGUAAUUUGUAGUACAGAAACAUACUGCAAUGUGUUGUACAGAAACACACUGUAAUGUGUUGUACAGAAACAUACUGUAAUGUGUUGUACAGAAACACACUGUAAUGUGUUGUACAGAAACAUACUGUAAUGUGUUGUACAGAAACAUACUGUAAUUUGUUGUACAGAAACAUACUGUAAUGUGUCGUACAGAAACAUACUGUAAUGCGUCGUACAGAAACAUACUGUAAUGCGUUGUACAUACUCCGCAUGAGUCCUACACUGGAAACGUUUGAACGGCAAAUAUAAAGAUAUGUGAUCCCAUCAAUCGUU